AUGGGGGACUCCAGGGGCCUUCUAAACGAUUCAAGGCUGAAGAACGGAAAAGGACAGCUGAGUGCCUAUCCCACAAGACAGGAAGAUGCUAUUCUUAUUCAAAUGGUAGGCCCGCAUUGCAAAAACAAAUGGUCCGAUGUUGCACACUCUAUACCUGGUCGUAGUCGAGAACAAUGCCGAGAAAGAUGGAUGUUUUAUCUUGACCCUGCUGUGAACAACCAGCCAUGGUCAGAACAGGAGGACAUAACAUUGAUCCGUGCUCAUCGUAUUCUUGGAAACAAAUGGUGUAAACUGGCUACACAUUUUCCUGGCAGGACAGGGAAAGCAAUUAAGAAUCGCUGGCAUACACUUAUGAAUGGAAAAAGGAAUUCGGAUUAUAUCAGAGGAUUGACUAUAGAUAAUAAAUUCUUUGGCACCAUUAAGAGUGGCCAGGAUUCAUGCAUAAAUAUUCAAGUUGCAGUGGAUUGCCCAAUAAGACCCAAACCAGAACAAGGAUUCACAGAAGAUGGUAGGAAUGCAGCACUGAAGAAAAAGGGUUCUGAUUCUAUGUACAGUGAACGGUAUGUUUCAGUCAAUGUCUCUGAAAGGCAAAUUGCUAGGUCUAGUUUGCCCGUGGUAACCAAGGAAAAAGAGGCCUUGCCAUCAAGUUCAGUGGUUCAGAAGGUCUCUUGUGUUGCAGAAAAUUUUGAAACAUCCCUGCAAAAAAAGGAAUCGACAAAUUGUCUUGAAGCUCCACUUAACGGUGUAGAUGCAGGCUUCUAUCCAGCUCGUGAUCAUGUAUCUAUUCAUGAUCAUUUUGAUGACAUAUGUAGUAGUGCCAAUCCAGAGUCACCGGAGCUACAUCUGGCAAACAUAGCAGAGCUUCUGGACAUGUCAUAUUGUGACAGCUUGAUGAUCGUUCCACCUGAUUCUCCAAAUGAUGGAAACUCAAUGGAAGGGACGGGGCAUUAG